GUCCCUAUGGUCAGUGGAUUUCCCCAUGACUAUAUGCAUUUAGUGUGUUUAGGUGUGAUGCGUCGGCUACUUGACUUGUGGAUUGGCACUUGUGGAAAGUUGCAUUAUCGGAUUUCAUCCAGACAGGUGGCUGUCAUUUCAGAAAAGUUGCUUGCUCUCAGAAGUUACAUCCCUUCAGAAUUUGCUAGAAGGCCAAGGGGCCUUGAUGAAAGGUUGCGAUGGAAAGCAACAGAACUUAGGCAAUUCUUACUUUACACCGGUCCAGUUGUUUUGAGGGAUGUUCUGACUGUUGAAGUGUAUCAAAAUUUCAUGCUGUUGUCUGUAGGUAUAUACAUCUUGGCAAGUCCGACAUAUUCUUUGAUAUUAAACGACUUUGCCAACACCCUGCUUAGAUCAUUUGUUAAGCAUUUUGGUGAACUCUAUGGUCAUCAGUUUUUAGUUUACAACAUUCAUGGUCUAUCUCAUCUUAGUGAUGAUGUGAAAAUACAUGGACACUUAGAUUUAAUAUCAGGGUUUCCUUAUGAGAACUACUUGAAACGUAUCAAAGGAAUGGUUAGAAAACCAAGUUCACCACUGCAACAAGUUAUACGCAGAUUAUCAGAACUGCAUUCAACACGCUUCAAUGAUGAGGAAGCAUCGAAACCCAACAAGCAAUUAAAAAUGCCACACUCAGAUGGACCGGUUCCUUUUGGCUUUACAGGAGCAGUCUACCAGUUCAAAGAACUUGCAAUUGAUGAAAUUGUAAUCAACGCAUCAGAGAGAGAUAGGUGUAUCAAGAUGAAUAAUGUAAUUGUUCUGGUUCAAAAUAUAAUAGUCUUUGAGGGUGAGGAAUACAUUGUCUGCAAAGAAUUUAGACAUAUUGGCAAGUUUUUUGACUAUCCCAUUGACUCCACAGAUUUAGGAAUUUUCUUUGCGUCGGAUCUGUCACCAGAUCUGAUGUGCCUCAAGUUAGAUACUAAUGUGCAGAAGUGUGUCCGGUUGCCCUUGGAUGUUGGAUUUGUAAUCAUUCCACUUCUACACACAGACCCAUCCUAAGUUGGGGUCUAAGCGUGACGUUAUUUUAGUCAUAAGGACUGCUGAAUUUUAGGAGUAAUAUUUUUUUAUUUUGUAGAAAUUUAUAAUUUUUGUGCAGAUCAACAUCAAGUUUAGACAGAGGUGACCGUGUCCAGACUACCUUUAAUUAUCCCUAACAUGUUUCACAUAGUUGAGUUUCUGGACACCCAAGAAGUUGAAGUGGUGCCAGCACUUUGGGUUGCAGAUGAAGUUUGUCAUUGGCCAUCUCACUACAAAUCCGAAGAAUUAGGGAAGGCCAUACGAAAUGAGGAACAGCCUGGACACAUGUGGGAUGUCUUUCGUGUUCGCAUUUUAUACUCAGCUGCAAACUACAAAACUGCUCGACUUAAACUACCUGAAGCAGAAGCCCACACUGACAUUCAGACUGCUGAAGAAGAUGAAGAUGACAAUCCAAAAAAGCGAAAGCGAAUGUCAACCUUUCGCUUUGAGAGUGAUAGUGAGGAUGAAGUUACUGUUAAACAAAAAAAGACUUUGCCUCCAGCUCCAAAAAUUAAAAAGCCUAAUUAUGAAAUAAAGUCUGCAAUGAAGAGGCCGCCUUUAAGAGAGGUUCAAGGGCCUUCCUUACAAAGUUCUCCAACAAAUACAGAGCCCCAGCAGUCUGUACAAAGUCCACCGACCUCCAGCGGACAGUCCAGAUUGAGUUUGACAAAUCCUAGUUCUCAAGAUGAAAGACAGUCAGGAACAAUUUCUUCAAGUGGCCUGUCUGAUAAGUUUACUGCAAAGAAUGCUUACAAAUCAGGAAAUGAUAAUGGAACAGUUAUUCAGAUGAACCUGCAAAAAAACGUAGAUCCCACUCAUGUACAGGAUCCAAUUGAGCACGGUAUACUGCCACUGAAGGAUGCAACUGCCCUACUAGAUCUGGAAAGACGUCUCAGGGAAGAGGUGGACCUCAAAACCAAAAUGACACGCCUCGGAUCAACCGAAAAACGCAUUUGUGAAACAAACACGCCAUGCAACAAAACCGGGCUCCUCUACGCGCAGAGGUCGAAGUUUGCGGCCUCCUCCCUGGGCUUCUCGCCUCAGCUGCCUCUUGUUCCUUCAUCUGCCUCAGCUCUUCACCAUAUUGUGGCUCUUAAAGGAGCAUUUCACCCGUAG